GGCCUUGAGGAGGCAAAGGUUGAGGUGGGGAUACUAGGGACUAAUGCUUUUAUAGGAAGCUUGAAAGUUCGGCCUACCUUGUUAGAUCGAAUAAAGGAGGCACAACUGAAUGACCAGAAUUUGGGGAAGAAUCUACAAGAAACAAAGCGAGGAGAGAAGGUUGAUUUUCAUGGGUCAAAUGGAGUGUUGAGAUUCGAAGAUCGAGUAUACAUACCUAAUGAUCUAGACAUCAAGAAAUAA